UUGGAGCAAAUCCACCUCCAGCUCCCACAUAGGUGGGAGCUGAGCUCUCUACCGUUUCCAGUGCUGAAAAGCGGGGCAGGAAUUCCACACCAUGUUGGGCUCUGGGUUCAAGGCCGAGCGCUUGCGAGUCAACCUACGUCUUGUCAUCAAUCGCCUCAAACUGCUGGAGAAAAAGAAAACCGAGCUAGCCCAGAAGGCACGGAAGGAAAUUGCUGACUACCUGUCUGCUGGCAAAGAUGAGCGGGCUCGCAUCCGUGUGGAGCACAUCAUCCGGGAGGACUACUUGGUGGAGGCCAUGGAGAUCCUGGAGCUCUACUGUGACUUGCUUCUGGCACGCUUUGGCCUCAUACAAUCUAUGAAGGAGCUGGACUCCGGCCUGGCAGAAGCUGUCUCCACCCUCAUCUGGGCAGCCCCCCGACUGCAAGCGGAGGUGGCUGAGCUGAAAAUGGUUGCUGACCAGCUGUGUGCCAAGUACAGCAAAGAGUAUGGCAAGCUGUGCCGGAGCAACCAGAUUGGGACCGUCAAUGACAGGCUGAUGCACAAGUUGAGCGUAGAGGCACCUCCCAAAAUCCUAGUGGAGAGGUACCUGAUUGAGAUCGCAAAGAACUACAACGUGCCCUAUGAGCCAGACUCUGUUGUCAUGGCUGAGGCUCCCACAGGCGUGGAAGCUGACCUGAUUGACGUGGGAUUCGUGGAUGAUACUAAGAAAGGUGGCCGUGGAGGUGGCGGUGGCGGUGGUUUCAUGACCCCAAUGGCUGGUCCUGAUGGAGUUGUGCCAAUGCCCAUGCCCAUGCCCAUGCCGUCUCCAGCUCCCCCUUUUUCAUACCCACCUCCAAAGGGGCCAGAGCACUUCAACGGGCUACCGGUGGGCACCUACCAGCCUUUCACCAGCCUUCACCCACCUCAGAUUCCAGCAACACCUCCAACAUAUGAGUCUAUUGAUGACAUGGGUGCUGACAAGGAAUUGCCAUCCCCACAGGUGACCGCUGCAGGACCAGCCCCAAAGCCACAGCCGAGGGGGAGGCCACCAGCUGCAGUUCCUAGUUCGGGUGAUAAUUUUGUGCUGCCAGAGUUGCCAUCUGUGCCAGACACACUGCCUGCCGCUUCUGCUGGUGCCAACACUUCCGCCUCAGAAGACAUUGACUUCGAUGACCUCUCUCGAAGAUUUGAGGAACUGAAGAAGAAAACUUAAAAAGAGCCCCUGAACAGGGGGCCGAUGAGCCUGAAUUGCUGCCUCCUCCCCCCCUCUUAGCACGACCAAGUGCUCGUUCCUCUUCCUCCACUUGGCCUUUCUUCCUUCUGUACUUACACCAAAUGCCACUGCUUUUCUGACAUUCUGCUCCAGGAGUGGGGGACUGCACAGCCUCUUUGAGAUGGGAGCAGGAACAAUCCUCUGAAUGCAUUGCUCUGCAGUCUGCAGCCGGGCAUUAGAGGGGAAAGGGAGUGAUGUAGGUGGCCUCUUCAUUUGGACAGACAGUGGUGUAGGGACACCAACCUGAAGAUUCUGGGCAACGUAGUUGGACAGAAGCGCCCCCCCCCCCUUCCAGGCAUGUGCUGUGGAAGGGGAGCUGCUCUGGGCCCCUGAUAGCUUUGUUUUGCCUGCCGCGUUCUCAGGGAGCCCUCCGGGGCCAUUAUGACUUUCCUUUGGGGAGGUAUGCUGUGGGGCACAGGAGUUGACCAGUCUACACUCCUCGUGGCUCAGUGGUCCUCCUGCCUCUGGCUUGCAGAGCAGCAGGCACAUUUUCCUAGCUUUGAGUGAGCCCAGUUCUGCCUUAACGUGGCUCUGCAUCAGGCUGGGUUCAGGGCCAUUGCUUGACGUGUGCCAUCACUCCUGGUUCUCUAGCCUCUUCCCUUGCCUAUAGGGCAAAGCCAUGGGUGGUGGUGGUGGCGACAGCAGCAGCAACACAUCCAGCAACUUAUGCUGCUCUUACAGACCAGCUGCAGUGCCAGCAGCCAACCUCAGCUCUCCCAUGUAACACUCUGUAUGUAACUCUUUCAUGUGGCUUUUCUGGGACAAUUUGAUUGGUUUGUAUCUUCUCUAUUAAUUCUAAAUAAAGUUGAGGAAUAGCCUUGA